UCAGACGUGGAUAUAGGCCGUUUCCGGUUUAGCGCGAGGCCAUAGUACACGCACGCGCUGUCAGUGCCUGUAGAUGCACGAGUGUGACUUGGUGCGCGUGCAGGUUCUGUUCAACAGUGAGGUUCAGUUCUGACGUCAUGCCGACACCCAGUGAGAAUGCUCUGUUUGGGAUGGGUAAUCCCUUGCUGGACAUCUGUGCCGUAGUGGACAAAGACUUUCUGGAUAAGUAUGGCUUGAAGCCCAAUGAUCAGAUCCUGGCAGAGGAGAAACACAAAGCUCUGUUUGAUGAGCUUGUGAAGAAGAGUAAAGUGGAGUACCAUGCCGGCGGCUCCACACAGAACUCUGUUAAAGUUGCGCAGUGGAUGCUCCAGAAGCCCCACAAGGUGGCGACGUUUUUUGGCUGUAUCGGGAAAGAUCGCUUUGGGGAGAUCUUGAAGCAGAAAGCAGCCGAAGCUCAUGUGGAUGCUCAUUAUUACGAACAGAGUGAACAACCUACAGGAACUUGUGCAGCCUGCAUCAAUGGGGAUAACAGGUCUCUGGUUGCGAACCUGGCCGCUGCAAACUGUUACAAUAAAGAGAAACAUCUGGAUCUGGAGAAUAACUGGAACCUGGUGGAGAAAGCGAGAGUCUAUUACAUUGCUGGUUUCUUCUUGACUGUAUCUCCACAGUCCAUGUUGAAGGUGGCCAAACACGCCAGUGACCACAACAAGAUCUUCGGCCUGAACCUGUCGGCUCCCUUCAUCAGUCAGUUCUUCAAAGAGCCACUGAUGAGCGUCAUGCCCUACGUCGACAUUCUGUUCGGCAACGAGACGGAAGCAGCUACAUUUGCAAAGGAGCAGGGAUUUGAGACAGAUGAUAUUGAAGAGAUUGCACGCAGGGUUCAGCUGCUCCCCAAAGUGAACAAGAUCAGACAGAGGAUCGUGGUCUUCACUCAGGGGCAGUAUGAUACGGUCGCUACUGUGGGUGAGAAGGUGACGAGGUUCCCGGUGUUGGAUAUUGAUCAGAACGACAUUGUGGACACUAACGGAGCAGGAGACGCUUUUGUAGGAGGGUUCCUCUCUGAGCUGGUUCAGGAGAAAUCUUUAGAGCGAUGUAUCGAGGCAGGUCACUACGCUGCUAACGUCAUCAUCAGACGCUCCGGAUGCACCUUCCCUGAGAAACCAGACUUUCAUUAACACCUCUCUCUCUCUCUCUCUCUCUCUCUCUCUCUCUCUCUCUCUCUCUCUCUCUCUCUCUCUCUCUCUCAUGUGCCUCUACAUUUGUUUACACAACUUUCCAGGGCAUUUUCUAGCAAACCAGACCGUUGCAAUGACUUAAACAUAUUCAGUUACAGACUGCAGCACUUCCUGAGCCGCUGCUGAGUGUCAGUGACAGGAAGUGAUGUGUGAGCUCAGAUUUUAUUCUUAUACACUCCUACAAGUCUUAAAGGAAACUUUUUUUAGGUCCAAACAAGGCUCAAGGCACCGCUCUGUUUGUAUAAAUCUGUGGCGGUGCUGCUGUAAGGCAUCGCUGUGUGGUAUAAAGACUA